AGGAGAAAGAAAUCAUAGACCAAAGAGAUUUGAUCAACAAUAUGAAGAAUCUCUUCAUCUUCCUGAUUCUUCUUAGUGUAUGCAUCGGGAAUACAAUCGGAAUAAGUACACUCUUGGUCAAGAAUGAGCUGAACAAUAAAGUUCUCGGUGUGCGUUGUAGAUCUAAGGACGACCACCUUGGUGAUCAUAUUUUGCGUGUUGGCCAAAUGACAAAAAACAAUUUUGAUGAUAAUGUUUGGAAGAGGACACUUUUCUGGUGUAAUUUGUGGAAAGGACCUGAUUUUAAGCUCCACGUAGCGUUUGAUGCAUACAGAUCUCAGUGGAAAGCAACCAUGGGGCCUACGUACUUGUGGAUAGCAAGAGAGGAUGGGAUCUAUUACACACAAGAUCCCAAGACGCCUCCUGCGAAAAGAUAUGAUUGGCCAAAGGCUUAAACACCCGAUGAUUAGGGUUUCGUUUUCUUCGUCAUGUGUGUAUCGUUCUGAUAAAAAUCAUUCCUAUGUUUUUUUUUCCAGUGAUUUGAAUAAAAUUUGUUUACACAU